AUGGGUCUUCGGUUGUACCAGGCGCCGGUCGAAUCCGACAUCCAAUCCAAAGCCGCGGCCGAGAAAGGGCCGGCGCAGUCGCGGACGUCGAUUCGGAGGAUCCGCUCGGCGCGCGUCCCGGAUCGAGCACGCGAACACCGUCGCCGCGUGCUCGCCGCUGCCGCCGCCUCCUACAAUGGCUUCGACCCCAGACGCGGUUCGACGGCGUUGGACCCGCCCAUGCGCUCUCCACCAGCCGCCGACAGCAGCAGCCAUGGAUUGACCCCCGGGUCCGAUCAGGGCUACCGUGCGCUGCGCGAUGUCGCCGGCCGCAUGGGCAUCCUGGAUGAUCGAGUUGUCGCUAUGUUUGGCGAGCGAUGGGCUCACCUGCACGCCGAGUCGAACCCGAGCCCCCGGCGCGAUGACAGCAACGAGCCUUCGCCCUUGCUGGGGAUGGCCGUCGAAUCAGAGUUCCUGCCUCGCAGUAGACCGCCCCCGGAGCCGUAUGCAUACACUUUGUCCAACAUUCGAUCGACUCAAGCGCCUAACCAUCCUUCGCGCAGCGCUACGAGGUCUCCCGGGCUACUUCCCAGCCAUCGAAGGCCAGACGAAAGUUGGCUCCGUGACAGUGCGACCGCUCGCGAUGAACACGCGCCGUCCGACCGAGUCUCAAGCCGCCGUCGCAGCCCGCGGCCAUCGGCGCUCGGGAGCUCCCGCCUCGACGGCUUGGGCGACCGUGACAGGAGCCUCAGCCCCGAGAUGUGGGGCACUCUGCAGAGCACGCUGACGCCCGACCCGCAGCCGCCCAGCGUCGGGUCUUCGUUUGCCUCGGCGUCGGCGGCGUCGGCGGCGGCCGCCUCGCAGAGCACUGCGGGGGGUGCCGGCUCGUCCAGGACGUCGUUCACGACGACAACCUUGGACACGGCAGCCGGCGACGAGUCCACGUUUGAGCCGCCGUGCGAGUCGGGGUGUGACAACUCCGACACGGAGGGCGAUGAGGACGACGAGAUGGACCAGAUUGACAUUCCCAACUUUGGCUUGCGCGCGGCGACCCGACGCUCCUACGCUGACGCGGCGCGCGGCGGCAGCAGCAGCAACAACAACAACGCCGAGGACCCGCUGGAGCUUUUGGGGGGAAUAGGCGGGAUGCAACGGAUAGUGCGCACCCUGGCCCGACGCGAGGAUAUCCCCGACGAGUGGUGGGCGGAAGUUGGUCUCAGUCGGACCUUGUCCCGGGAGGCUUCCGAUAACUGA